AUGAACAGCGAAUACGACUACUUGUUCAAACUCCUGCUGAUAGGAGAUUCUGGUGUUGGGAAAUCGUGUCUGCUGCUUCGUUUCUCCGACGACACUUACACCAACGACUACAUCUCGACGAUUGGGGUUGACUUCAAAAUCAAAACGGUUGAACUAGAUGGUAAGACCGUCAAGCUACAGAUUUGGGACACAGCUGGACAAGAGAGAUUCAGAACUAUCACUUCGUCAUAUUACAGAGGUGCACACGGAAUCAUUAUCGUUUACGAUGUCACAGACCAGGAUUCUUUCAACAACGUCAAGAUGUGGCUCCAGGAAAUUGACAGAUACGCAACUGCAGGUGUUUUGAAGCUACUCGUCGGGAACAAGAGCGACCUGCAAGAUAAGCGCGUUGUCGAGUUCGACGUGGCCAAGGAGUUUGCGGACUCGUUGCAAAUUCCAUUUUUGGAGACAAGUGCGUUGGAUUCGUCGAACGUGGAGCAAGCGUUCUUAACCAUGGCUAAACAGAUCAAGGAAAGCAUGGCGCAACAGCACAGAGACACCGGUAAGAAAGACGACAAGUCGAACGUCAAUCUGAAGGGUCAAAGUCUAUCGAACGCUUCUAGUGGGUGUUGCUAG